CAUUUUGAUUGUUGAGUUUGAGCAGUCAAUAGUUUUCAACUGUCCAUCAAUCAGCCAUUUGGUAAAUCAAUUCAUUUCUGUGGUACAUCUAAAUUGUGGCCCACGAUUUGGACGGUUUAAUUUGAAUUACUUAUGUGACACGUCUACAUUGUUUUAAUGCCUGUCUAUGAACAGUCAACUCUGUUAAGAGAAUCAAAGUCCUCAAAAUAAACAACUGAUCUUGGAAAUGCAACCUUCCCCCCCCCCCCCCCUCCACAUGCAAAACUUCUUCAAAUCCUCAAAAAUAAAAUUAAAAUGAAUAAUUUGUUUUAAAAAAUCCAUUUAAUUCUUUCCCAAUCUUCUUCCAUCCAUUCCCUACCUAGCCAAUUUUGAGUACGAAUCCCAUUCAUGGCAAAAGACUUCAACUUCCACCACCUUUGCUACUUCCUAUUCACACUCUGCUUUCUCUCAUCCAUAACAUUCUUCUACUGGUCCCACUCCCCACCGUCAUCAAAUUACCAAAAUACCCUCACCCCACAAAUCCAAACCUGCCCACCAGCUCACCUCCUCUCCUUCCCUUGUUCAUGGAACCACCUCUCCUUCUCCCAAACACCCCCUCCAAAACUCCUCAAAAUCGCUCUUUUUGUAAAAAAAUGGCCGCGACGGAACCUCGCCGGAGGCCUCGAAAGGCAUGCUCUAACCCUCCAUCUUGCCUUAGCUAAGAGAGGCCAUGAACUCCACAUUUUCACUUCUACUUCCUCAAAUUCCACAUUCCCAAAAUACCCUCACAAGAACCUCAAUUUUCAUCUCUCCCGACCGACCGCCGCUGGUUAUCUCAAUCAAGCGGUGGUCUGGAAUCAGUUCCUGGCCCAGAACAAAACCCAACAACCGUUUGAUGUGAUUCACACCGAGAGCGUUGGGCUGCUCCAUACUCGGGCCCGUGGCCUGGCCAAUGUUGUUGUCUCAUGGCAUGGGAUUGCCUAUGAAACCAUACAUUCGGAUAUUGUUCAAGAACUCAAUCGCAGUCCAGAGGAAUCACGGUCGUUUGCAUUGACAGAAAGAGUUGUUAAGGUGGUUGAAGAGGUGAAGUUCUUCCGGGCUUAUGCCCACCAUGUCGCUACCAGCGAUCAUGUUGGAAAUGUUCUGAAGCGAAUUUAUAUGAUUCCAGAAGAACGGGUUCAUACAAUUCUCAACGGCGUCGAUGAAGAGAUCUACAUGCCGGAUUUCGAGCGGGGCCAGGAGUUCCGGCGGCAGUUUGGAAUUCCAGAAUCUGCAGGAUUAGUAAUUGGAAUGGCAGGGAGGUUGGUGAAGGAUAAAGGCCAUCCGAUCAUGUUUGAAGCGUUGAAGCAGAUAUUCAUGGAGGAUGAGACUUUUAAGAAGCAGGUUUAUAUUCUUGUUGCCGGAGAUGGGCCGUGGGGUGCUCGGUACAGAGACCUCGGGCGGAAUUUACUCGUUUUGGGGCCUUUGGAACAGACCCAACUCGCCAGAUUUUACAAUGCCCUCGACAUUUUUGCAAACCCGACGAUUCGAGCUCAGGGCUUGGACCAUACAUUGCUAGAAGCAAUGCUUUCAGGCAAGCCUGUGAUGGCUACGAGGUUUGCCAGCAUAACUGACACUGUAAUCGUGGGCCCGGAGAUGGGCUACACAUUCUCACCGACGGUAGAGUCAUUGAAGGAGUCUCUUUAUGAGGUUUUGAGACAUGGGAGAGAGGUUUUGGAGAAGAAAGGUGAGGCAGCUCGAGGCAGAGCUUUGAAGCUAUUCACUGCUACAAAAAUGGCAUCUGCUUAUGAAAGGCUCUUCCUUUGCAUAUCUAAGAGAGAGAGGGAUACAGAUUACUGCAGAUACCCGCUUCCGUCAGAUGAAGACAGCAAAUGAUCAUCUUUUUUU